AUGGGAAGUAACAAUAUCAACAAAACUGAGUAUCUUCCUCUGUUUCGGACCAGAACCGGGAAUAGGUUAUUUCACAGGCUGUACGCAGCUGCCAUUUUUGUAGGCAUCCUCUUGAUUUGGAUUUACAGAGCAACUCAUAUCCCAAAACCUGGGGAAGAUGGGAGAUGGGCUUGGAUUGGAUUGCUUGGAGCGGAAAUUUGGUUCGGAUUUUACUGGUUUCUCAGUCAAUCUCAUCGCUGGAAUCUCGUGUAUCAUGAAACUUUCCCUGAUACACUCUCCCAGAGGUACGAGGAAGAGUUGCCAAAAUUAGACAUUUUUGUCUGCACGGCGGACCCGACAAUUGAGCCACCAAUUUUGGUUAUAAACACCGUUUUGUCAGUGAUGGCGUAUGAUUAUCCAACUCACAAACUCAGUGUUUAUUUGUCCGAUGAUGGUGGCUCUGAGCUCACAUUUUAUGCUCUUCUGGAGGCUUCUCGUUUCUCUAAGCAUUGGUUGCCUUUCUGUAAGAAAUACAAGGUUGAACCCAGGUCCCCUGCUGUCUAUUUCGGAUCACCAUCACAGCACCAAGUUUCUGAUGCAAAUUAUGCUCAGGAUUUCGCUUCUGUUAAGAAACUGUACGAGGAAAUGGAGGGAAGGAUUGAACUCGUCACAAAAAUUGGAAGAAUCCCAAAUAAAGCAGAACAUAAAGGAUUUGCAUCGUGGGAUUCGUCUUCAUCUCGUGGAAAUCAUGAUACUAUUCUGCAGAUUCUGAUUAACGGAAGUGAUCCAGAAGCAAAAGACAUUGCAGGAAGUACACUACCUUAUCUAGUCUACUUGGCCAGGGAAAAACGACCCCAGCAUUUCCACAACUUCAAAGCUGGAGCUAUGAAUGCUUUGAUAAGGGUAUCAUCUGAGAUCAGCAAUGCACCAAUAAUACUGAAUGUAGACUGUGACAUGUACUCAAAUAGUUCGCAAUCAGUGCGUGAUGCUCUUUGCUUUUUCAUGGAUGAGCAAAAAGGCCACGAGCUCGCUUUCGUGCAGUUUCCACAGAAGUUCAAGAACACCACCAGGAAUGAUCUGUAUGGUAACGAACUGAGAGUGAUCGCGGAGGUGGAAUUCCAUGGGUUGGAUGGUCAUGGAGGUCCUAUGUACAUUGGGACCGGCUGCUUUCACAGAAGAGAAGUUUUAUGCGGAAGAAAGUUCAGCAAGGAAAGGAGGAUUGAUGACUUGAAGAGACAGAAUAAUGAAUGCAAGAUUAGUAAUGUGCAUGAGCUGGAAGAAAGGCUAAAGAACCUUGCAAGUUGUACUUAUGAGGAAAACUCCCAAUGGGGGAAAGAGGUUGGUUUGAAGUAUGGUGUUCCAGUGGAAGAUGUGAUAACUGGCUUGUCGAUCCAUUGUAGUGGAUGGAGAUCAGCCUAUUAUAAUCCAGCAAGACCAGCCUUCCUAGGUGUCGCGGCGACAAGUCUUGAUCAGAUACUUGUGCAACAUAAAAGAUGGUCUGAGGGGGAUCUGCAGAUUUAUCUCUCAAAGUAUUGUCCUGCUUUGUAUGGACUAGGCAAAAUUAACAUUGGCCUAAUAAUGGGAUACAGCACUUACUGCCUAUGGUCUCCUAAUUCCUUGGCAGUGGUAUAUUACUCCAUAAUUCCACCUCUUUAUCUACUCAAGUCCAUCUCAUUAUUUCCUCAGGUAUCAAGUGUAUGGUUUCUACCAUUUGCUUAUGUGAUUAUCGCGGUGCACGUAUACAGUGCUUUUGAGUUCAUCUAUUGUGGUGGAACAUUUGUUGGGUGGUGGAAUGAGCAAAGGAUAUGGCUUUACAAGAGAACCAGCUCUUACCUAUUAGCCUUUGUUGACACAGUCUUAAAGCUGUUAGGGUAUUCAGACAUGAAAUUUGUGAUUUCAAGCAAAGUUGCCGACGAGGAUGUCGCCCGAAGAUUCGAAGAAGAAGUGAUGGAGUUUGGAAUCACUUCACCAAUGUUCACACUGAUCUCAUCAUUAGCCCUGCUUAACCUAUUUUGUUUGAUUGGGAUCUUGCUCAAACUCGGCUCGAUUUCGAGUCUAGGAUCACUGUAUGAAACAAUGGCUUUGCAGAUUCUUGUGUCCGGGGCUUUCGUCGCCAUCAAUUUGCCUUUGUACAUUGGCCUUUUCGUUCGGAAAGAUCCAGGCAGAAUGCCAAGCUCUGUUACAGCGAAAUCAGUGAUCUUUGCCCUCUUAGCUUGCACUAUUUCUACACUUUUGGUGCAAUGA